AUGGCAGCAGCAUAUAUUGUGAUCGUAGCGAUGCUUUUGACAGCUUAUGGACAAAAUAAUACAUUUUGGGAAAACAAAAGACUUCAUAAACAUCUUGAGGGAAAUAUGGAUGAUAAGAUACGACCUCUAAUAAAUCAGUCCAGUGCUAUCGCAGUACUUAUUGAUGUACAUCUUCAAGCUAUUCAAGGAUUGAAUGAAAAAGAACAACAAUUAGAAUCAACAAUAGCCAUUGCGUGUCAUUGGAACUAUGAAACUUUGGUUUGGAACAAAUCUGACUUUGGUGGAAUAACUGGAAUUAACAUUUCGCCAAAAGAUGCGUGGAUACCUGAGCUAGUUCUAAGUAACUCUGUAGAGUCUAUGUUUUUGUUGACAGAAAAUCGCGAAAAUACGAAUAAUAUUGCAGUGAUGAGUAACGGAGACGCCACGUGGUUUACAGGUGGACAUCUUCGCACGGGUUGUCACAUUGACAUUACUAAAUAUCCAUUUGAUACACAAACAUGCACUAUAACAAUUAGUAAAACAGUUUCAGACAGUGAACUAUACAUUAGAGCUUCAAGUGAAAAAGUAACGACAGUGUUAUAUGACGAAAAUAGUGAAUGGAGUUUGAAAAGGUCAGUUGUAAAGACAAGAGCGCUCUACGAAUACAUUACGUUUCUUGAUAUACAUAUAACCCUGGCACGUCACUCAUUGUUCUACACUCUAAAUGUUGUCGUACCCGUGGCUCUUUUGUCGUUCAUGACAGUGUUGUGUUUUAAGGUACCUGUGGCUAGUGGUGAGCGUUUAAGCUACAGUAUGGCGUUGCUCCUAACCUUCGUUGUGUUGCUUAAUUUGAUUAGUGAAUCCAUGCCAAGGGUACCUAAACAUAUAUCAUACCUACAACUGUAUGUAAAUUGUCAGCUGACAAUAGCCUUUGUCAUCACAACUUUGUCAAUUAUGCUGGUGAACAUAUCUUAUCCAAAGGACGAGGCAGACAUCCCCUGUGUUGUAAAACUAUACUUCUGGUACUAUAAUUAUCGAAAGAGAAGACAAACUGUCAAUCUAGACUCUUCUGAAGAAACUGCAGCGGACAAGAAAAGCGACAGAAAGCCGAAUACACAACCGCAGUCCGGCACGGAAACUGUCUCAUCCCUUGACAGAUCGUCAGUGAUCCACCGUAUAGAAAAUGUUCUGUUUUGGGGUUUCAUGGCAAUUUUCAUAUGCUCGACAAUUAUGUUUUUAAUUCUUGUUACAAUAUAG